CGGCUUCCGGAAGCUCAGCUCAAAAUGCUGAACUGCUCCUGGGAAGUCGCUGGUGGUGCGGUAGUUGGAGUCUGUUCUCGGGCCUGAGCCUCGAGGCCAGGCUCUUGGGUGUCGUUAAUGUUCGGGGCCGCCGGGCGCCAACCGAUCGGAGCUCCAGCCGCCGGGAACAGCUGGCAUUUCAGUCGAACCAUGGAAGAACUGGUUCAUGACCUUGUCUCAGCCUUGGAGGAGAGCUCAGAGCAAGCUCGAGGUGGAUUUGCUGAAACAGGAGACCAUUCUCGAAGUAUCUCUUGCCCUCUGAAACGCCAGGCCAGGAAGCGGAGGGGGAGAAAACGGAGGUCGUAUAAUGUUCAUCACCCAUGGGAGACCGGUCACUGCUUAAGUGAAGGCUCUGAUUCUAGUUUAGAAGAACCAAGCAAGGAUUAUAGAGAGAACCACAAUAACAAUAAAAAGGAUCACAGUGACUCUGACGACCAAAUGUUAGUGGCAAAGCGCAGGCCGGCAUCCAACUUGAAUAAUAAUGUUCGAGGGAAAAGACCCCUCUGGCAUGAGUCUGAUUUUGCCGUGGACAGCCUUGGGAACAGGACUCUGCGCAGGAGGCGGAAGGUCAAGCGCAUGGCCGUGGAUCUCCCGCCGGAGAACCCCAACAAGCGGACAAUGACCCAGCCCCUGGAAGGCUGCAGAGAUCAGGACAUGGACAAUGACAACAGAGCUUACCAAUAUCAAGAGUUUUCCAAGAACAAAGUCAAAAAAAGAAAAUUGAAAAUAGUUAGACAGGGUCCAAAAAUCCAAGAUGAAGGAGUAGUUUUAGAAAGUGAGGAAAUAAGCCAGACCAAUAAGGACAAAAUGGAAUAUGAAGAGCAAAAAGUCUCAGAUGAACUCAUGAGUGAAAGUGAUUCCAGCAGUCUCAGCAGCACUGAUGCUGGUUUGUUUACCAAUGAUGAGGGAAGACAAGGUGAUGAUGAGCAGAGCGACUGGUUCUACGAAAAGGAAUCAGGGGGAGCUUGUGGCAUCACUGGAGUCAUUCCAUGGUGGGAAAAGGAAGAUCCUACUGAUCUAGACAAAAACUUACCCGAUCCCGUCUUUGAAAGUAUCCUAACGGGUUCUUUCCCCCUUAUGUCACAUCCGGGAAGAAGAGGUUUCCAAGCCAGACUGAGUCGCCUUCAUGGAAUGCCUUCCAAGAAUAUUAAAAAAUCAGGAGGGACCCCACCUUCAAUGGUGACAACUCCUGGCCCAGUCAGCAACAAGAGAAUGGUUCACUUUUCUCCAGAUUCUCAUCACCACGACCAUUGGUUUAGCCCUGGGGCUAGGACAGAGCAUGGCCAGCAUCAGCUCCUGAGAGAUAACCGAGCUGAAAGAGGACACAAGAAAAACUGUUCUGUGAAAACAGCCAGCAGGCAAACAAGCAUGCAUUUAGGAUCUCUGUGCACAGGAGAUAUCAAACGGAGAAGAAAAGCCGCACCUUUGCCUGGACCUACAACAGCAGGAUUUGUAGGAGAAAACGCCCAGCCAAUCCUAGAAAACAACAUUGGAAACCGAAUGCUCCAGAAUAUGGGCUGGACACCUGGGACAGGCCUCGGACGAGACGGCAAGGGGAUGGCUGAGCCGAUUCCAGCCCUGCAGAGGCCAAAAGGAUUAGGACUUGGGUUUCCUCUACCAAAAAGCACCCCUGCAACCACUGCCUCCAAUUCAGGAAAAUCCGCCUAAGAGGAAAAGCAGAGGAGCUGUUUAGCAAGUUUUAUUCGCUCUCUAUAGCCCAUUGUUCUAAAAUGACAGCAUAGCUUCUGUGGUUGAAGCUGAAAUCUAACAUCAAAGCCUCAGACUUGUCCCUCUAGCUUCCUAGCUGCUACAGUUCUGCCAGAGUGAUAGAAAUGGGAUUUCAUCACAGUCCAUGGUGCUAAAGUAAAAACCUUCACCUUUUAAAAUUUUUCAGUGACUCGCAUUCUAGGUGUAAGGAACAGCCCGUUUCUGCUAUUUAUUUUGAUCUUGUACUGUCAGUAAUUUCUCAUGUUUUAGCUUGAUCCAUUCCUGCGUGCGCUUGAUGCACCCACGACCGAGCACGCCUACGUGUUUCUAAAAUAGGAUUGGCCGGAAAGGGUUGUGUUCCACCUCAUCCCUGUCUGUCCUAACCGAAAACACCUGUCAUCACAUCAGUGACGUCCUAAGCACAUCUUUUUUUGAAAGGCUGGCCAAUUUCGUAUUCCUUGAAUUUGACUUUUUUGUUAGGAUUCCUCAACAGGGUGACGCCCAUUCAUCUUCUAUCCUUGGACACUGUAGCUGACAAACAGCAAUUAAUGUUGCCCUCUGACAUGUCGACAAAAAUAAACCUCAUCAUUGUGAUCACCACAGUGCCCUCAACAUGACUUUACUGCAGAUCUUAUCAAUUUUACCUCAUUUAGAACAUAAAAUAAUUAUGGAAAGAAAAAUGUAUUUUUUAAAUUCACCACGACUGAGUUAUAAACUCUAUUAAUAAUCUAGACUUCCUUCUACCUCUUUGUUCCCAAAGGUUGAUAUUUUUUUUAAGAUCAACUCAACUGUAGUAAACUGAUUUUAAAUUUUAACCAUCGGAGUAAGUUAGAAUAUCGACUCAAUUUAUUUGAAGAUUUUAAUGGCUCUCCCAAGAAUUGAGAUUUCUGGCAAAGAUCCAUCCGGUUUACAAGGUGUACAAAAAAAAAAAAAAGAACGGUACUGUUUGCCCUUUCUAACACCUAAGCAGUUACUUUAAAACGAAGCAAAACAAGUCAUUUUGAUUAUGUGCCUAGUAUUGUUACAUCUGAAUCCUCUGCUUCAUAAUGUCCAAGAUUCUGAAUUGCUCUUAGUUUAGAUGUUGGUUGGUUAUUGUCUUCGUUAGUAAGAACUAAUAAUGAUAUUCUCUUUUGUAAUGACUUUUAUUGGUUGAGUGAAGGCCAAGAUAACACAGGUGAAUCAACCUCCUAAUGUUUUUUCAGCUUUGUUUUUCUAGGGCAGUUUUAUAUUCACAGCAAAAUUAAUGGAAAGGUACAGAGAUUGCUCAAAUAUCCCCUCCCUGCACACAUGCAUAGCUUCACUCAUUAUGUACAUCCUCCCCCCCAAAGUGGUAUAUUUGUUACAGUUGUGGAGACUACAUUGACACAUCAAAGUCACCCAAACUCCACAGUUUAUAUUACAGUCCACUCUUGGUGUGGAACAUUCUAUGGGCUUGGACUAAUGUAUAAUGACAUGUCUGCACCAUUAUAGGAUCACACAGUAAUUUUACUGUGAUAAUAUUCCUCUUGGCUCCUCUCUAACAGGCUUUUGGGAAUUUGACAGUAGCCAAGAGUCUGACAGUGGGGAAGGGAGGUUUGUGCGUGUAAGAGACCUGUCCCACGUGGUCCUCUAAAGAUUACACUGCUCGUUAGGGAGAGGAAGUUCAGCGUGCUCUUUGAAAGGCUUAAUGGUUUGCCCACUUACAGGUUCCUUUUAAGAAUUAUCUUCUUUUCUAGGGUUAUCAUGGUAAGAGGACAAGUUGGUUAGGGAACCAUAGGCUACCAGAUGAGUUGCAUUUCUUAUGCCCUUCUUAGCCUACCAGGUGAGCAUUCUUAUUGGAUAAAGUAACUCUGUUGUUUGAUGCUUUCCUAAAUGUCUGUACUUGAAAAUUCACCAUUUUUAAAGAAAAUAUUUUUUAUUGAAUACUCAUUCUAUCUACAUAAGGUGCAAAAAGCUGUCUGUAUUUCGGUUUAAAACUUCUUUAUGGUAGCAUAUAGCACUCUAAGGUCUGUCCAUAAGUUUGUUUUAAUUCCACUGCCUGAAGAUCUUUUAAAAUCCUAGAAUUUUGAAAAGCCAAAUUUGGAGCCACAGGUAAAACACAAUGAGGUUUUUGUGAGACUGACUGAUACCGAAUUCCCAUGGACUUGACCAAUGUUUUUCACUUCACCAUGGUCCAUCUCUCACGGUGAGGAAGAGCAGACCUCACUCGAGCUGGCACGGGGGAACUCCUUAGCUAAAUGUCGCAGCUUUAUAAAUAUUUUUCCUUGUUCUCCUGGACAGGCAUCAGUCUUCUGAAGAAACUUUCUAAGAUAUCACUGAACUCAGGUGUUCUCUAACUCCACCUCCCAAAAUAAUUCAUCUUUAUAUUUUCCCUUAAUAGAAUAAAGGUCUCAAUAUUGACAUCUUGAGCCCUGUCUGUGACUCACAGAAGAUUUCAAACAUGUCUUAUUCUACAGGAGUGUUUACAGAAUACAUGAAUCAAUCCUCAAAGCAGAGAAGUGAUGACUUCCCAAGCAUUCCCCCUGCUCUCACACAGACCUCCCUUCACUUUUCAGUGAAAUUUAAGAAUGAUCAUUGCACAUCUGAAGUUCUGCUUGGACCUGAACUUAAUCAGAGAAAAGAACACAAUUGAAAAGUGGAAUUUUUAAUGUACAUCAAAUAUCUAGAAGAUAUGAAGUUCACUAAUUUACAGUUGUUGUAAAGUUAAUUUUUACCAGUUCCUAUGCCUAUAGAACCCAAAGCAUCCAAAAGAAUUCAUGUUUCAGAAUGUAUCCAUCAUAUCUCCGUGAAAAGGCAGUUAGAUUUUUCUCUGUCCUUCAUAAAGCCACCACUUCUAUAGAAUCUAAGCCUUGUAUCAAAUUAAUUGCUUGUACUAAAACUUUUAGAGAAUGCAUAAGUCUCUUCCAUUACUAUCCAAGUUAUCUAUUCCCCAGCAAGUAGCCGAGAGACUGUGUGGGGCUACAUUAGCAAUUCAACAUUUUGCCUUUAUAUACUUGUUAUACUUGAUAUUAACCAGAUUGUGUAUUGGUGUCAUUUACUUCCUUCUUUCUCCCCAUAUACAAUUUUUAAGGCAAUGUUACCCCCUCAAAUUUCUUUGCUUUAAUUUUUUAAUUAUAUGGUCUCCUUUAAAAGAAAAUCCACUGUUAACUAACAUUUACCAGUUAACUGGUAUCAACAUUUGAAAACAGACUUUAUAACUGAUACUGUUGCUAUCAAAGAGAAGUUAAGACAGUAGGGUUAAAGAUAUGCCUAAUGUAUGCAUACAGGUAUGUUUACAGGGCAUGACUCUGUGCAAUUUACAGAUUGCAAAAUAAUUGCAUUUUAUUAAUAUCAGCAUUGUGAAUUGAUAUUCUUGCAGUUAAUUGAACUGACAAUUGCUUCUCUUCAAUAUGCUUCCAUUUUGAGCAGAUAUUUCAUGAAAGAGAAAAAUCACUGCUGACAUGCUUUUUAAAACCAUUUCCUCCUAUGCUCUGUUUUUCUUUUAAAACAAAAAAAGUGGUAUUGUAAAAUGAAGUUGUUUAGCAAAGAAUAUUUUGGAUUUUUUUUCUUUUAGUGGAAAGAUAUAAUAAUAGUACAACAAAGAAUGAAAGAAUAAACAUUAUGUUUAAGAAUGUUAUUUAUAAGCAGUCAUUGUCUUUGUGCUUUAAAUGUUUCCCUCUUGAAAUAAUAAAAAAUAAAGUUGAAAGGACUUGUUUUUU